AUGGCGAGCUCACAGCCGCAGCAACAGCAACAGCUACAACAACAACAACAACAACAACAAUCUGGGCUUCCCUAUAGUCUACCAAUGGCCCAGAUGGGAGGUCUCCCCCUCGUCGUCCCAGAUAUACCCAUCUCGGCGACCCUCCUGUUCUUUUUUACCCUAUUGGCCGCAACUCAUAUGGCCAUCUUCCAGAUCAACCGUAGGCGGGAACACAAUUUUGUCUUCUCGGCCCUCCUGUUCGCCUUAAGCAUGGCCCGUAUUGCCACCCUUACCAUGCGCAUCGUAUGGGCGACUCAACCAACAAACGUGCAAAUCGCCAUUUCCGCCGCCAUUCUUACACAGGCCGGGGUCAUCAUCGUCUUCGUUGUCAAUCUCUUCUUCACCGAAAGAAUUAUUCUUGCCUACCAUUCCCGCCUCCGGCAGUACUUGUUCGUCAAGCUGGCCUUGCGCAUCCUCGUUGCCCUAAUUAUCACUAUGAUCAUCAUGGCCAUCAUUGCCACCGUGCAUUCCAUGUACACCUUGAGCCAAACCGCAAAACGCAAAGAUCGGGACGUCCAGCUUUUCGCCGCCACCUUCCUUGCCGUGCUCGCCUUUCUGCCUAUUCCAAUCCUCAUAAUCUCCGCGCUUGUCCCAAGUAGCAACGAAAAGGAGAAGUUCGGCACUGGCCAGCUACGGACUAAAGUUUUCUUGCUGCUAUUUACCGCUUCCCUACUCACUCUGGGGGCUGGUUUUCGGAUUGGGAGUAAUUAUGCUGCGCCCCUGAUCAAUGAUCCGCAAUGGUUUGACCACAAGGCGGUGUUUUACACUGUCACCUUCGGAAUUGAGUUAAUUAUCAGCUUUACAUAUGCUGUGGCCAGAUUUGACAAGCGCUUUCAUGUCCCCGAUAAGACGAAGGGAGCUAGUACCGGGCAAGAGACCACAGCGGACGAAAUUGAGAGUGGUGCUUUCAAUACAGUGGUACAGACUGAGACAGCUUCAGUUGGCCUGGGUCAGAGUGAACCUGACUCGGCCGUAAAAGUUGAUAAGGAGAACAGCAGGGCUCUCGACGUGGAGAAGGGGCGCAGUGUCUAA